CUAAUUAUAAUAUUAUGGGCGAGAGUAUAGCAAAAAUAGUAGGCUUGAAAAUUAAUAAUACCUCCGAUAUGGAAAUAUACAGUUCCAUUAGCAAGUUCAAUAUAUUGGGAAUAAUUCGUGCAAUAGAGAUUUCGAUCCAAUCUCAAGAUCGUAAAUGGGAGCAAGUAAAAGUUACUGAUGUUUUCAUUACCAAUGAACCCGAACUUGAAUCUAUACUAAUAUUGGGUUAG